AUGAACACUGAUAAACAAGAUGCUCGCAACAGUAUUGAGAAUUCCAUUUAUAAAACAGCCUUCAAGCUGCAUUCGGUGCAAACUCUGUGCCAAUUGGACUUAAUCAACAGUUCUCUGAUCCAGCAAGUCCUGCUCUACCAAGGUCUCGGGGAGAUGAGAGAGAAGUGCUUGUCUACACCACAGCUUUUCCAGGCCCUCCAGGACUUGUUUCAGAGACUCGAGGUGAAAAGACCAGGAUGGGUGUCUCCCAGGGCUUCAGAACUCACUCUGAGCCUUCUCACAGCAAUGUAUGACAGCACAGGAACGGGUUUUGUCAAGCUUAUCCCUACCAUCGCUGCCCUGAUUGCCCUCUCAGGGGACAGCCCGCUCACAAAAUACAGAGCUCUUUUUCAACUCUAUACAGAAAAUAACAGAGGCGGUAAGGACUCUGGCAACCGCAUGACUCGAAGGGUUUUGAGGAACCUGCUAACAGAUCUACAACAGAUACCAACUGUCGUUGGGGAGAGUCGUGCUCUGUGCUCCGUGGAGAGUGCCACACGCAGCUGUUUCCGAGGGGUGCUGAGCCCAGCAAUCAAGGAGGAGAAAUUUCUCUCUUGGUUGGAGUCUGAGCCUCUGAUCCUUUUGUGGCUCCCCACCUGUUACAGACUCUCGGCCACUGAAAUGGUCACUCAUCCCGUUCGAUGUAGAAUCUGCAGCAACUUCCCUGUCACAGGGGUGAGAUAUAGCUGUGUAAAGUGUCUCAACUUUGACAUCUGCCAGUCCUGUUUCCUAUCUGAUCUUCAUGGAAAGCCCCACGAGAAGUCCUAUCCUGCAAUUCAGCACUGUGCUCAGAUGUCAGCAAAGGAGAAUACAAAACUCCUUGUCAGUUCUCUCAGAAACAAACUGCUUCAACGGCAUUGGAGGAGGACAGAAGCUGCUAGAAGCAGGCAGUGGCUGCUAGAUCAGGGGAAUCCAAAGGACAUCGCUAACCAGGAACGUGUUCGCAGGCUCUUCACUCGGUGCACUAACCCUGAAGUACCAAUAUAUGUAAGUUCACCUGGACCAGCAGCCACGAAGGCCUCCAAAAACGUACCUGAAAUGACACCUCAGGUUCAACAAACCAAUCAUAGCAGCCCACAUCGUCAGACCAUAGUCAGCCUCAAGAAUGAGCUGUGGAGGAAUCGCGAAUACAUACAUGCUCUCCAGAAGGAGCGAAGACUCCUUAAAAAACAGCUAAACCGAUGCAAAAACAAGAUGCAAAUAAUAAGUGCCUUCCAGGAAGAAACAAGCUACAGACUUGAAACAAAGAUUCUUGAACUCAAGACCAACCAGGAGACUCUGUGGACCAAACUACAGAAAAUGGGACAGGAUCUACAGGCAAUGUUGCAGCCACUCUAUUCUUCAUCUUCCUGUCAAAGUACGGUUUCCAAGACCGAUGAUGGAAAAGGUGAAAGACUUUUGAGAAGAGAUUCUUCCGAGAUAAGAAAUAUUUCUGGGGGUGGUUCAGAAAAGAAAUAUCUUUCUUAUCCUACCCUGAUUAACAGAAGUCACCAAAGUCAAGCAAAUGUAGAUUAUGCUCUACCAAAUGCAAACUUCCCAGAGGCCACUUUGCAGUCGAGGUCAACACAAACCACCAAAGUACAAAACCAAGAAGAAAAGAUGUGGAAUGAAGCCAUUAGUGUACUGCCAAGUUCCCAUGAAGGACUAUCACAGACCACCCAUCAAAUUACUCCUGCUGACAUCAACAACAGUCCUGCUUUGACACCUGUGGGAAGAAAAGAAACAAUUCACAAUCAGGAGGGAAAGGAUGAAUUGGAGGAAGAAGAACUUAAUCAACUGUUAUCAAAACUUACGGAUGCCUUCACUUUAGACAUGCCAUCAGGUCUGCAGUCUUCAGUGAACAUGGAUCUAUAUCGUGGAGCUGAGCUGGUGUGUGGGGCCUUCUCUGUGCUUGUUGAUCAAAUCACUUUGCCCAACUUGAAAUAA